UCCAACUAUGUGGCAAUACCCAUUCGUAAAAUAGAAAGUUGACUAGUCAAAUUUCUUUUUGUUCAUAGUUUGCUGGUUUGUACAGUGCAAAUAAGUCUGAAUAUUUGUUUCCCAGUUGUUCGCUCAUAUUGGGAAAUACUGUUAAAAUGGAAAAUCAAGAAAACCAUCGAAACUCUUUUAACUCCGGAUUUCAUGGGAAUAAUGAUAUUCCUUUGAUAACGGCAAACUCGGUUAUCACGACUUAUACCAAAAGACGCCAUAACUCGGAGCCCAUUCCGGCGAGGAUCGAGAUUAAGCACCUGGUGGGAAGUGGUGCCUUCGGACUGGUCUAUAAGGCCAAAUUAGAUGGCACCGACGAGGUGGUCGCCGUGAAGCAGGUCCAAAACAAUUCCAGGCUCUGCCACAAAGAGGCUGAGAUAAUGGUCCACCUGGGGCAGCACAGCAACAUCAUCCGACUAAUCAUGCAGUGCUACGUGACCUUGGGUGUUCCGUCCAAUAGCUAUAUAUUCCUGGUAAUGGAGUACAUGCCGAUGACGCUCACAACCUAUAUAAAACAUUAUCAUAAGGAGUUGCAGCCACCGGAAGCUCUGGUCUACGUGCGCAUUUUGUCGUACCAAAUCUUCAGGGGAUUGGCGUAUCUGCACUCCUUUGGCAUCUUCCACAGGGACAUCAAGCCGGACAACCUGCUGAUAAACAACCAGACGAUGAUGCUCAAACUGGGUGACUUCGGCAGCGCCGACUUCUUGAUGCCCGGGGAGCCCAACCAGACCUACAUCUGCUCCAGAUUCUAUCGUGCCCCUGAGCUCUUUGCCAAUCACAACCUGUACAGCUGCGCCGUGGACAUCUGGAGUGCUGGGUGUGUCCUCGCGGAACUGCUGCAGGGAUCUCCCCUCUUUCUGAUGCACAAACACGAGCUGAUGUACAUAAUCAAUUUGCUGGGCAGCGAUGGAUUGAAACGGGCCCCGGAAAUUUACUGCCAGUGCCCAGAUGCCAUUUACCAGAGGACCACUCGUCCCAGUUGGGAUCAGCUCCUAAAUGUGGCCGUGCCAGAGGACCUGUCCGAUCUCCUAAACUCCUGCCUGGUCUACCAAUCCUCGGAACGGAUUCCGCCCAUGAUGGCGUGUGCCCACUGCUCCUACGACGAGCUGCGCAUCAUGGACGCCCUGCAAAAGCCCAUGCCCAAUGGUCAACCGCUACCGCCACUCUUUAAUUUCAGCAGCCGGGAGCUGGAGGUAAACCCCAAGCUCAGUGUGGGGUUGCUGCCACUAUACUUUGCUCAGAUGGAGGAGGAACUACCAGGCGUAGCAGCCUAUCAGGAUGUGUAGAAAGCAACUGCCCUUUUUAAAACAGCAUAAAUAAAGUUUGACAAAGCAGA